AUGAAGCCGACGAACGUGGUAGCGGCGGCGCCGGGAAGCCGCGCCGUUCUGCGCUGCCAACUCGACCUUCCCUCCCUCCCGUCGGAGGUUGGUGUUGUCUCGUGGCGAAUGCCCGACGGCAGCUGCAUCAAGUCCUGCGCCCCAGGAGUCGCGGCACCUGUACUCUUUCGCAUGGGAGCUUCCAUAGAUGAGGCCUCGGAACGCGAACAGUCGCUGGCGGACCGCUGCGUAGCGCGGCUGCACAGCGACGGCUCGAGCAGCCUAGAGGUCGCUGAGUGCGGACCCCUGGACGCCGGCCUCUACGUCUGCAAUCGUUUCGUGGAUGGCGCCACGCGAGAGACUGCCUCCACACGGCUGCUCGUCACCGGUAAGCCGGACGAGCCAGGGCGACCGGAGCUGGUAAACGCCCAGGGAACCACGUUGCAAUUAAAAUGGCAACCAGCACAAGGAAUGGACGAUUGUCCAAUGACUGGAUAUAUGGUCGAAAAAAGUGUCAAAGGUUUGCAUUCUUGGGAACCGGCCGGGCCGGCGACGACAUUGUGCACGCAGGUGAUCCACUGCGAACCAGGCUGUUACAUGUUCCGCGUCGUCAGCUAUUCGGAAUUGGGAACGAGCAAUCCGGGUCCAUCUUCUGACCCAAUUACGGUUACAGGGGACACAGCAAAAUCCCACUCUGGUGUGGUCGAAUGGAAGAAGAACUUUUCCGAGUACGUCGAAGUGGGAGAGUGUGGAAGGGGACGGUUUUCUGUCGUGAAAAAAUGCAUCCACAACGCAACGGGCGAAAGGGCAGCAGCCAAGGUUAUCGGCUUCCAGCAGCAGUCGCGCGCCACUGUGGAGCACGAGUGGCAGCUGUUGACUAGCCUUCAUCACGAAGGCAUUGUUGAGCUGCUCGAAUGCUACCGCACGCCGAGCAGCCACAUCCUAGUGUUUCCAUUCAUUGAAGGACUCCGGCUCUUCGAUCACGUUUGCAUGCAAUGGAACUUCUACAGUGAGCACACAGCGUCGCAUUACUUGGCUCAGCUGCUCAGCGCUCUUGACUACAUUCACCUCUGUGGUAUUGCGCACCUUGAUGUAAAGCCAGAAAAUCUUCUUGUGGAAGAAUGCAGCGACAGGCUGAAGCUGAUUGACUUCGGUAACGCCCGCAGAGUGCUCGGAACCGAGUGCAAAAUGUCCGUAAUUGGAACGGCCGAGUUCGUUGCGCCCGAGGUGCUCAAAAACUAUCCUCUCAGCACCCGCGCCGACCUCUGGGGCACAGGCGUUCUGCUGCACGUGUUCUUGGUUGGCCUCUCGCCGUUCCUGGGGGCCACUGAAAAUGAAACCUGCGCGAACAUCGUAGCUGCAGCGUAUACCAUACCUACCACAGCAUCCAUCUCAGAACACUCGCAGGAUCUUAUAUCGAAACUAUUGGCCGUGGACCCUCAGAAACGUCUCUCCGCCAGUAAGGCCCUCGCACAUUGCUGGAUAAAGGACGCACCGAGGGCUCAGAACUUAAGCUCUUCUCCUCUAAGAGACUUCGUGAAGCGAAGAGAUGAACUGAUGCAGACAACUGGACUGUCACCCUCGUGACAAAAAUUAGGUUCAAGGCCAGUCAUCAAGUAGUGUGUACAUAUAGAAGCGCGCUCGUGCCGCUGAAGUCUUUUAAUUUUUAAAGUGGUCAGAUCGAAGGACAUGGUUGAGGACACCGUGGGAUGGCCAAUUCCAUUUAUACUAUGUAAAAUAAAGAUAGUGUUUGAAGAAUGUACAGAAAUUCACUAGGCAACAAAACUAUAGUUGCAAUGCCAUGACAUCGCGCCCUAUGACGUCUUUAUAGUAUGCGUGAUUUAUUUCAGUCUGUCAGCUGUCAUUUCUCACUCUAUGCAUGUACAAUAAAAUCAUUGCUUCAUCUUUAUGA